AUGCUCUUUCGAAGAUUCUAUAGUAUCAGAUGGAGAUUAAAAGAUUCAUGUCCAGUUCCCAAAUAUGAUACUGGUUGUACAUACUGUACUCCCGAUAUUCCUGACGAUUUACCUAUAGAUCAUGAGACCAAUUUGAACAAAACAGCUGCCAUUCCAACCAAACAUUUAUUUGUAUUUUCUAAAACACCGAUAAGUGAAAUCCCAUCAAAGGCUGAAUUGGUACCGAAUUCAGUAUCCAAUGAGAUUAUAAAGUAUAAGAAACUAUACCAUACCACAACACAACGUGUGACGAUUUCCAAUAUCUAUCUCAAUAACCAAAAAUCAAUCUUGGAUUCAUUUGACCCUCAUGAGGACAACCAAUUAGUCAUGUUAUACCCCGAUAUGAAAAUUAUUAAGUUCAACAUUCAACAUUUGGAUCAAUUUGUUCAGAGGUAUUUAUACAGCAAAGAUGAAGUUGAGGUGUAUAAUCCAUUUGCUAAAACGAAAAAAUCAAACGAAACACCAUCAUCUGUUAUUAAAGUAGAUCCAUCAAAUUUUGAAGAAUCCCAGAUUGAAAAAGACUUGAUCUUGACAUGUGGACAUACCAAACGUGAUUUGAGAUGUGGUUUAAUGGCACCUUUGAUUGUAAAUGAAUUAGAAAAGACUUUGAAAGAUUCCAUCCAAGAUUAUUAUAUCGGUGAAAUUUCUCAUAUUGGUGGACAUGCCUACGCGGGGAACUUGUUAUAUUAUCCGAAAUUGUGUAAAUCCGAAAAGGAUUUCAUCUGGUACGGCAGGGUUUCUCCUGAACGAAUACAAGGAAUAGUUGAACUGACGGUGAAGAACAAGUUAAUCAUCAAAGACUUGUUUCGUGGGGAUAUAGAAUUGUAUAAGUAA